AUGCCAGGCGCACUUCGCACAGCACCAUCCCCUGGCCAGGACAUGGCCAGGUUUUCGCAGAAAAACGUCCUGGGCUCCAGCUUCGAGACCACAGAGAGAUAUUCACAAUUACAACCCAUUGGAGUCGGGGUGUCGGGUCUUGUCUGUUCUGCUCGAGACCAGAUUUCCAACCAGACUGUUGCGGUCAAGAAACUUGCAGAGCCCUUCAAGACCGCAAUCGUUGCCAACCACAUGUUCCGCGAAAUCAAGCUGCUCAAACAGCUUUGCCAUGAGAAUAUAAUCAACCUGAACGAUUUAUUUAUCUCUCCCUCCGAAGACAUUUACCUCGUAACCGAUCUCAUGGCGACGGACCUCCAUACUCUCCUGAAAUCCAAGAAGAUCGAAGACCAAUUCGCCCAAUUCUUCAUGUACCAGAUUAUGCGCGGCCUGAAAUACGUCCACUCAGCCGGCGUAGUCCACCGUGACCUCAAACCCAGCAACAUCCUCAUCAAGGAGAACUGCGACCUAAAGAUCUGCGACUUCGGGCUAGCCCGCGUGCAAGAAGCCCAGAUGACAGGCUACGUCGCGACGCGAUACUACCGCGCGCCCGAGAUCAUGCUCACCUGGCGCAAGUACAACGAGAAAGUCGACAUCUGGAGCGCAGCCUGUAUCUUUGCUGAAAUGAUGCUGGGCAAGCCUCUCUUCCCUGGCAAGAACCAUAUCGAUCAGUUCUGUGUGAUCACGCAGCAGCUGGGUAGUCCGCCGCCGGAAAUUGUCGCCAAGAGCAGUCCCAACACCUUGAAUUUCGUCAAAUCCCUCCCGGAACGACACCGCAAGCCUAUGUCCAAGCUGGUUCCCGACGCCAACCCUAAAGCUGCGGCGUUACUGGACUUGAUGCUGCAGUAUGAACCGCAAAAUCGCAUUUCUGCCGCCGAGGCCCUGACGUCCCCGUAUCUGGCACUGUAUCAUGAUGAAAGCGAUGAACCGGUGGCGCCGGAGCCAUUCGAUUGGGCUUUCGCCGAAGCUGAACUGCCCACAGAUGUCUGGAAGACUGUCAUGUAUGCCGAGGUAUUGGGAUACCAUGAGAAAUCUAGUCAGGGAGGCUCGGUGCAAUUGAAGAGUCCGUCGAGCAAGAUGGACGUGUCUAUGGAUUUGGGAUAA